GUCAUACGUUUUGUGUUGCGGGCGGUAGGUGUUUUACAUUCGCCGCUCGGUACGUUUAGAAUGACAAGUAGUGUUUACUCCUUAUAUAAUGGAUGAAAAUAACGACAUGGCUGAAGAUGGUAUGUCCCUUGAGAGUUUAAGUGGGUCAUUGAGUGAAAAUAACAUGUGUUUAAAUAAUUUCGAGGAGGAGGGGACUUCAGAAUGUCCUAAGAAUUUAGAAAAUGAUAUCAGAGCUGUUAAAAGAGUUACAGAAGUAGACUUAAAUGCUUGGACUACAGUGAGUAAGAAUGGAAAAAAGAUGAAAGACAACAAUACUCAAUUUCAAGUUUACAUAUCCCAUAAAGAAAAAUUACCGAAACAGUUUGCUUUGGCCAAAUUGUUUAAAGAAUGUAAAAUAGAAAAUAUAAACGUAGUUAAAUAUAUAAGCCCUUAUAAAAUACGUCUUAAUUUUGAGGAUGAGUUAAGUAUAAAAGGAUUAUUUUCUUGUAAAAAAAUAUCUGACCUUGGAUGGAAGUUACAACGGGCUAUGGAAACUAACUUCUCAUAUGGCGUAAUUAAAAAUGUUGACUUAGAUAUAUCCGAAGCAGAAAUUCUGAAGAGUAUUACCUGUCCCAAUUCAGUUGAACUGGAAUCUUUGAAUCGUCUGAACCGUCGUUGUGUGGAAAAGGAGGGUUGGUCUCCAAGCGAAUCUGUUCGUUUGUGUUUUAAGGGUCCCUUUCUACCUGCCUAUGUUAUAGUUGAUGGUUUAAAGUUUCGCGUUGAUCCAUAUGUUUUUCCUGUAUCGCAGUGCUCACGUUGUUGGCGCAUGGGCCAUACUUUUAAGAGAUGCCCUUCAUCUAAAAUUGUUUGUCCAAAAUGUGGUGACAAUCAUGCAAAUUGUGACAGAAAAAUAUUUAGAUGCAUAAAUUGCCUAGGAAUGCAUAUGGCCUUAGAUAGAAGUUGCCCGGUUUUCAUCAAGGAGAAAAAGAUUAGGAAACUUAUGGCGGAGUACAAUAUUCCAUACAGGAAAGCAUUGUUAAUGUAUGUCCCCAACGAAGAGAUUCCACAACCUAAAGAAAAUGUGACUGAUUUAAGCAACAACCCUACUCAACCGACACCGACAGUACCUGGGACUAGUGCAGGGAUAACCUAUGCUGAAGUGACUAGGGCUAAUACGAGUUCAAAGAACAAAAAAGGAUAUCAAAAGCAAUCUACUACAAAACCAAAAAGAAAAGACGAUAUAAUUUCGCAUGCGGAGGUGGAAUACCCGGAUCAAACAUACAACCUUGAAAAUGAGACAGAAAGGAGGGAGGGGAACGAUAGUUUCAGAGAGUUAUUAUCUAGACUAAAAGAGAUAAUUUUUUUGAAAAGUGAUACUAUUCAAUCUAAAGUUAAAAAUGCUUUGAAAUGUUGCAUUGAGUGGUUAAUUCUUUUUUUUGUUGAUGAUAUUACUGCUUGGCCGUUGUUGAAAUAUGUUUUAGAAUUUUUAAAUGGCUAGAAACGCUUACAG